AUUCAAGUCUCGCCGCCGUCUGAGCUUCCUUUCCUGCUUCAUCGUGAAGGCUUCAGCACAGAACUCUGUCAUUUCUUAACGAACUCCUGUCCCGAUCUUCUAUGAACAUUCCACAAUACCUGGCUUUGGGCGUCUUUUCGUCAUACUUCUUGGUGAUUUUCGGGCUUUUCUGGUUGAUUUAUCAAAGUCUGCCUCCACCGAGCCCAAAGCAACCAAAACUCAAGAUUGCAGCAUUUACAGCGCUGACGAUCGCAUCCCUAACCCACACAUGGUUCUAUAUGUUCGAAUAUAUUUCAUGGAGUUUUGUUAAAUUUGAAAGCCAAAACCUUCACAAGGGCGAUAUCGUCAUAGAGCGCAUAUCGUCCUGGUUGCUCAAUACGUCUCUUUUCGAAGAAGCAUGGGCCUCUGUGUGCGUUGGUCCCCUCAAUUGGUGGUGGAGCGAACAACUUUGUUUGUUUACCGUUGGCGCUUGGACGGUUUUCCUUGCGACGAAAGGACCCCAACAUCAUGUCAAGCACCUCUGGGCGUAUAUGCUUCUCGGGCAACUUGUUGCUAUUUCAGUUGCCAGUAAUCUCUUCUAUAUAGCUCUUCUUCUCUCUGAACCAUCGCCUCUACCAAAAAACUCGCGAGCCAACCCUAGACUCUGGCUCAGCGUGCUCAUCUCCCUUUUGAGCGUUGCGACGAGUCCCUUCACGAACGAGCGCACCUUCCUACCAAACCUCUUAGUAAUGCAUGCGUUACUCUUUUUACCUCUUCUGUGGACGCCGAAAUCCCCUUCACGUUUUUCGCUCCAUACGAGUAUGUUGUACUUGAUCAUUUUUGUCAUUUCAGCUGCCAUCCGUGCACGGACCGUCAUUGCCGCAACGGUUGUCUCAAACGAUUCACCUUUCACAAACGCAUGGAAUAUUCUUCAUUCCCAUCCUGCUCAAUCGUCCAUCGGUUGGGAUGUGGUUUGGUCUACUCUUUCAUUCAUCACAUGGACCGGCUUGUGCUCCUCUGGCAACAGCCAGCCAUCGAACGCUUUUGCGAUUCCGUUUAUGUUCCUCGCUACUCCCUUGGCUUCCAUCGGCAUUACGGCGCCUUACGUUCUGAUUCUCCAAAGUGUUCGACCCUUCGUGCCGAACACGGAAUAAGAGGUCACCAGUCUUUUGUUUUCUCCCGCAACGACAGUCAGACGUCAGGGGUAUAUAUUUGUAACAUGUAACUGGUCGAACUGUGAACAGUGACUAUACCAUCGUU